AUGCAAUCAUCCAACCAAAAUGUGUUUAGGGCCCGUGGCUAGAGCCCGCCCUGCACACAAGGCUAUAGAGACAGUAAUGAUUCGUUAGAUCACUCUAAAAUCAAUGACAGCACAUGACAUGUCACAGCUCAAACAUGAGUUCCCUGGAUAAUCAGAUGGAGCAGCCAAAGAAACAUGAUGAGCUGAGGAUUGUUUUGGUUGGGAAGACUGGAGUUGGGAAGAGUGCAGUAGGAAACACCAUCUUGGGAGAAACCACUUUUAUGUCUAAGUUAUCUUCCUCCUCUGUGACAUCGGUGUGUGACAAAAACAAAAGGAAUGUGGAUGGGCAAAUGGUUGCUGUCAUCGACACUCCAGGCUUGUUUGACACCCAAUCUACCCAAGAGGAGAUACUGAACGAGAUCAAAAUGUGCAUCACUUUUGCUGCUCCUGGUCCCCAUGCGUUCCUGAUUGUGAUCCAGCUGGGUAGAUACACAAACGAGGAGAAAGAGGCGGUGAACAUCCUCCAGCAGAUCUUUGGCAAAGAGGCAAAAAAGUACACCAUAGUGCUUUUCACUCGUGAAGAUGAUCUAGAGGGACAAAGUAUUGAAUCAUUCAUUAUGGGAAGUGAAGUCUGUGCAGAUUUAAAAGCCUUGGUCUUUGAAGCAUGCCAUGGGAGAUAUCAUGCCUUCAACAACAGAGACCGCAAUAAUCGCUCUCAGGUAUCUAAGCUGCUUGAGAUGAUCAACAACAUGACCAUAACGGAUGGAAGACAGCACUACUACACCAACGAAAUGUUCCAAGAGGCUGAGAGAGUAAUUGAGGAGGAGAAAGAUAGGAUUCUGAAAGAGAAAGCAGAGCAGACAAGGAGUGAAAUGAAAGCACUGGAAAUCAAAUAUGAAGGACCCGCUCUGGAGGAAGCGAAGAAGAAGUUGAUGCAAGAAAUGGAGAACGAAGCAAGAUAUAUAGCUGAAAGAAGAAAUCGAGUUUUGAAAAUAACAGGCUUCACUCUUGCUGGAGCGGCUUCUAUUGGAGCAGCUGUGGUUGCCCUCAGGAAAGGGACCUGUGGAAUACAAUGACAGACAACAGUUUUGCCAGACUUUUAGUGUUUGCUGAAAUGUUCAAACCAUAAUGAUUAGGGGGAGCACACAUUAUACAGAAACACACUUAUUUGGCAUAACAUGUACAUUUAAAUAUACUUAAGUUUUUAAAGAUAAAAACAUUUGAGGUGUUUGGUCUGAGGUACAGUUGAUCCUAAGCUAUGUAAUUGUAGCAUAAUAUUAUUAUUACAUUUAAAUAUACUGAAGUUUUUAAAACGCAUUUGAGGUGUUUGGUCUGAGGUACAGUUGAUCCUAGGCUAUGUAAUGGUACCAUAAUAUCCUACUUUCUAAGAUUCACAGCUACUGUAUAUCCAUUUAUUAAAUAUCCAUAUUUCCCAAUAUACUUCAAUACUUAUUGUUUUGUAAUUUUUCACUUUACAGUUUAAACCUGAAAGUUUUCCUUGAUAAAGUAUCAUUAAAUACAUGUUUUUAAAUGGUUGGAAAGACUUCAAUAUAGCCUAUUGCAUGCAAAAAAUAUGGUUUUAAAUAAAAGAUUCAGUGAACUGUGGAACUGUAAUAAAAUCAAAGCUAAGACAAAAAAAUGAUUGAAUUGAGUUUAUGGUUUGGAAAUAAUUUUGAAAUAUAAAUGGUGUUGAAUUUAAUAUGCAACAUACAACAAAAAUGUGCUGUGUUGUAAAUAAUCUACUUAAUAAAUUAAUAAAUAAACACCAAAAAUAAAAGUGAAAGGAGACUGAGAGGAUAUAAAUAAUGGCAGUGAAUACCGGUGUUACAAAAAUAUGGCACUGAUCAGUAGCAGGAAAAUGUUUGGACUUAACACAGUUGUUCAGUCUGUCUAAAGCUAUAAUUCACAUUUCAGUAUUUCACUUCUGAACUCUUGCUUCAGGUGCUAACAGCAAUGACCUGAGACUGGUGUUGGUCGGCCUGAGUGGAGUGGGGAAGAGUGCAGCUGGGAACACCAUUCUGGGCCAAAAGGUGUUUGAUUCCAGAAUCAGUUUCAAAACAGUAACACUGAAGAGUGAGAGACAAGAAGGAGAGGUGUGUGGGAAGAGAGUGAUAGUAGUGGACACUCCAGGUCUGUCCAACAGUGACCUCUCUGAGGAGGAAGUGAGAGGGGAGAUGAAUAGGGCCGUGACUCUGUGUGAACCAGGUCCCCAUGCCUUCCUCCUGGUCAUUCAGCUGGGUCGCUUCACAGAACAAGAGAAGAGCGUAAUGGAGACACUCACGGAGCUUUUAUCUGCCAACAUAGAUGGAGACACGAUGGUGCUCUUCACUUAUGGGGAGAGACUGGAAGACACAACUAUAGAUCAGUUCAUCCACGAGGAUAGCAAUCUGAAGAAGCUGGUUAAGAAAUGCAGGGGUGGAUACCACGUGUUCAAAAACAAUGACACCAGCAACAACAAUCAGGUUAGAGAGCUUUUAGAAAAAAUAGAAACCAGACUACAGAAAAAGCAGAAUAGCUGGUCAUGGUACUGGAAAGGGGCAGCUGGUUGCUUUAUCGUCAUUGUAGCAGUGAUGAUAGUAAAAGUGUUGUUAAAAAGGUUACAAACACGUUCCCUACACAUCCCUCCUGUCUCUGCCACCUGUCCUGUCCCUGACAUAGUUCCUUCUGUCCCUGACAUGGUCCCUCCUGUCCCUGACAUGGUCUCUCCUGUCCCUGACAUGGUCUCUCCUGUCCCUGACAUGGUCUCUCCUGUCCCUGACAUGGUCUCUCCUGUCCCUGACAUGGUCCCUCCUGUCCCUGACAUGGUCCCUCCUGUCCCUGACAUGGUCCCUCCUGUCCCUGACAUGGUCCCUCCUGUCCCCGACAUGGUCUCUCCUGUCCCCGACAUGGUCUCUCCUGUCCCCGACAUGGUCUCUCCUGUCCCCGACAUGGUCUCUCCUGUCCCUGUCAUGGUCCCUCCUGUCCCUGACAUGGUCUCUCCUGUCCCUGACAUGGUCUCUCCUGUCCCUGACAUGGUCCCUCCUGUUCGUGAGUCAAUUUGGGAAAUGGUGAAGUCAAACAACAACAUUAUUUUCACAGCGGGAGUAGGACUGACUCUAUUGGUCAUCAUAAGAAAAAUAAUGAGGAAAUAAUGAGAGGUUGGUUGAAUGGGACAUAAUUUCCCACAUCCGUGAGUGCCAAGUUAAACGAAUGCUACAAUUAUACACCCGUUAACUCUUUUUGAAAUUUUAGAACAUUUCUUAUUGAAUGUUAAGAGAAUGAGUGACAGGUUGUAUUUGAAGAAUCAUAAUAAAAUAUAAACAUGCGAAAACUGA